UCCUUACGUCACUGAAGCGCCCUGGCUCGGGAUCUACUGGUAGUGCUGGCAAUAGAGGAGAAAAAUAUCAACUGCUCGGAAAAGAGGCAUUUUCUAUCGGUUGUAACGGUUCCUCAACGGAUAACGGUUCUAUCUGACGCCGGAUAGGGAUAAUUGACAUAACUGGACUAACCGGAUUUAUGAGAAGAAGAUCAUUGCCUCUUCCCAGGACCCAGGGACUAAAUGGAUGUUAAAACCACCUUUCUCGCCAAGUUUACCACUCAUCAUAGUCCAAUCAUCAUAGUCCAAUCAUCAUAGUCCAAUCAUCAUAGUCCAAUCAUCCAGGAAAUGCAGGAUCUUUGAACAUGAACAAUCUGUUCCUCUCCUUCAGCUGAGACAGACUGCCAGUCAGUAGCCACAUAGUGUAACACUCUGUAUCAGGACACUGUAGUCCACAUCUUUUGGAGGAUCACUUAGUCUCAGUAUCUCACCUUUAACCCCUCAACCCCCAGCCCUUGACCCUUAACCCCUGACCCCUAACCAUGUACGGCAGCUCCCGCUCCGUUGCCAAGAUGGAGGGCAACAACGGCAGCAGUCAGAGUCCCGGUCGCUCCCCCUGCCUGCCCCGCUCCCCGCGCCUCGGCCACCGUCGCACCAACAGUACAGGAGGCCCCGGGGGAAAGACCCUCUCCAUGGAGAACAUCCAGUCUCUGAACGCGGCCUAUGCCACCUCCGGACCCAUGUACCUCAGUGACAACGAGGUCAUCUCUCAACAGACCCAGGCCUAUCCCAACCCCAACCACGACCCUAGCCUGCCCAAGAGCACCAUGACCCUGGGUCGCUCCGGAGCAAAGCUCCCUUACGGCGUCCGGACAACCGCCAUGGGCUCCAAUCCCAACAUCAGCCAGGGAGGUGGAGGCUCGUCCAUGCCCAGUGACAGCAUCGUGUUUGGGUGUGACCACGUGUCCUCGUCCCAGUCCAGCCUCCAGCAGGCGUCCACAGUGCCUCACUCCUUACGCCAAACCAGAGACAACACCAUCAUGGACCUCCAGACCCAGCUGAAGGAGGUGCUGAGGGAGAACGAGCUCCUCCGGGGGGAGGUGGAUGUGAAGGAGAGCAAGCUGAGCUCUUCCAUGAACUCCAUCAAGACCUUCUGGAGCCCCGAGCUGAAGAAGGAGAGAGCUCUGAGGAAGGACGAGGUGUCCAAGAUCUCUGUCUGGAAGGAGCAGUACAGAGUGGUUCAGGACGAGACUCAGCACCUCCAGAUGACGGUGCAGGCCCUGCAGGAUGAGCUGAGGACUCAGAGAGAUCUGAAUCAGUUGUUCCAGCAGGACUGUAGUGGAGGGAGACCUGGAGAACCUUUGUCAUUCGAACCCACUGAGGAGAACUUCCACAGGCUCCAAGCUGAACACCAGAGACAGGCCAAAGAGUUGUUCCUCCUGAGGAAGACGCUGGAGGAGAUGGAGUUGAGGAUCGACAGUCAGAAACAGACCCUGGGGGCCAGAGACCAGUCUAUCAAGAAACUACUGGAGAUGCUGCAGAGCAAAGGUCUGUCAGCCAAGGCCUCAGAGGAAGACCAUGAGAGGACCAGGAGACUGGCUGAGGCUGAGAUGCACAUCCACCACCUAGACAGUCUACUGGAACAGAAAGACAAGGAGACCAACGCCCUACGAGAGGAGCUGCACCGACGGAGCUAUGAAGGAGCCCCUGAAUCAGCCAAGACCAAGGCCCUGCAGACCGUCAUCGAGAUGAAGGACUCUAAGGUCCAGUCUCUGGAACGAGGUCUGAGGGACCUGGAGGAAGAGAUUGAGAUGUUAAAGUCUAACGGGGCUCUGAGCACUGAGGAGAGAGAGGAGGAGAUGAAACAGAUGGAGGUGUACAGAUCCCACUCCAAGUUCAUGAAGAACAAGGUAGAGCAGCUGAAGGAGGAGCUGUCUCAGAGAGAGGUCCAGGGGGAGGAGCUUAAGCAGAAGGCUGCCGACCUGCAGCAGGAAGUGUCUGCCAUUGAUCAGGUAAAGCAGGACCUCAGCAGGAAGGAGACAGAGCUGAUGGGGAUGAGGACCAAGCUGGAGACUCUCACCAACCAGUUCUCAGACAGCAAACAGCACAUCGAGGUCCUCAAGGAGUCACUGACCGCUAAGGAGCAGCGCUCUACUAUCAUUCAGACAGAGGUGGAUGCUCUUCGUCUGCGUCUGGAAGAGAAAGAUUCCCAGCUGAAUAAGAAGUCGAACCAGAUCCAGGAGACGUCUGAGGAGAAGGGGACGCUCAGCAGAGAGGUACACGACCUCAAGGACAUGCUGGAGGUCAAGGAGCGCAAGGUCAACGUCCUGCAGAAGAAG